AUGGGGGGCGCCGUGCUGGUGGCCAUCGCGGCCUCCAUCGGCAACUUGCUGCAGGGCUGGGAUAAUGCGACCAUUGCAGGGGCGGUCUUGUACAUAAAGAAGGAAUUCAAUUUACAGAGCGAGCCCCUAAUUGAGGGUCUCAUCGUGGCCAUGUCCCUCUUUGGGGCAACAGUCGUCACAACAUUCUCCGGGGCAGCGGCUGACUCCAUCGGUAGGCGGCCCUUGCUGAUCGCUUCCGCUGUCCUCUACUUUGUUAGUGGGUUGGUGAUGCUCUGGGCACCAAGCGUGUAUGUUUUGCUCCUGGCAAGGCUCAUCGACGGACUCGGUAUCGGUUUGGCUGUCACACUUGUUCCUUUGUACAUCUCCGAGACUGCGCCGACAGACAUUCGAGGGUUGUUGAACACGCUGCCACAGUUCAGUGGGUCAGGAGGGAUGUUCCUUUCUUAUUGCAUGGUGUUUGGGAUGUCUCUCUUACCAAAACCCGAUUGGAGGAUCAUGCUUGGCGUUCUUUCGAUACCCUCGCUUAUAUACCUUGCAUUGACUGUCUUCUACUUGCCUGAAUCACCGAGGUGGCUCGUGAGCAAAGGAAGGAUGGCCGAGGCUAAGAGAGUCUUGCAAAGGCUGCGGGGAAGGGAAGAUGUCUCAGGAGAAAUGGCUCUUCUAGUCGAAGGCUUGGGUGUUGGGAAAGAUACACGCAUUGAAGAAUACAUAAUUGGCCCUGAUGACGAACUUGCUGAUGAAGGGCUGGCUCCAGAUCCAGAGAAGAUCAAAUUAUAUGGACCUGAAGAAGGCCUAUCUUGGGUUGCCCGACCUGUUCGUGGCCAAAGUGCACUUGGAAGUGCGUAUGGUCUCAUCUCUCAGCAUGGGAGUAUGGUUAGUCAAGGCAAGCCCCUUGUGGAUCCUGUUGUCACUCUUUUCGGUAGUGUUCACGAGAAGAUGCCUGAGAUAAUGGGCAGCAUGCGGAGCACAUUAUUUCCCAACUUUGGCAGCAUGUUUAGUGUUGCGGAGCAGCAGCAGGCUAAAGCUGACUGGGAUGCCGAGAGUCAAAGGGAGGGCGAUGAGUAUGCUUCAGAUCAUGGUGGAGAUGACAUCGAGGAUAACCUCCAAAGCCCACUUAUUUCUCGUCAAGCAACAAGCGUAGAAGGAAAGGAGAUUGCUGCACCUCAUGGUAGCAUAAUGGGUGCUGUGGGAAGAAGUAGCGGUCUUAUGCAGGGAGGGGAGGCAGUAAGCAGCAUGGGCAUUGGUGGAGGAUGGCAAUUGGCAUGGAAAUGGACUGAGAGAGAAGGCGCCGACGGGCAAAAGGAAGGUGGCUUCCAACGUAUUUACUUGCAUGAGGAGGGCGUACAAGGCAACAGGGGUUCUAUAUUGUCAUUACCAGGGGGGGAUGUCCCUCCUGGUGGUGAGUUCGUCCAGGCCGCCGCUCUUGUGAGUCAACCAGCUCUUUACUCCAAGGAACUGCUGGAGCAGCGUGCUGCUGGUCCUGCAAUGAUGCAUCCAUCUGAGGCAGUUGCUAAAGGUCCAAAAUGGGCCGAGCUAUUCGAGCCUGGAGUGAAGCAUGCACUGUUUGUUGGCAUUGGAAUUCAGAUCCUGCAACAGUUUGCUGGCAUCAAUGGUGUUCUCUACUAUACCCCUCAAAUUCUUGAACAAGCAGGUGUUGGUGUUCUUCUUUCCAACAUUGGACUUAGCUCAUCUUCCGCAUCUAUUCUUAUCAGCGCCUUGACCACCUUACUGAUGCUCCCGAGCAUUGGUAUUGCAAUGAGGCUUGUGGAUAUGUCUGGAAGGAGGUUUCUUCUCCUUGCGACAAUCCCUAUCCUGAUAGUUGCACUAAUUAUCCUGGUCGUGGUCAACAUUGUGGAUAUGGGAACCAUGGUUCAUGCUGCACUCUCCACGAUCAGCGUCAUAGUCUAUUUCUGCUUCUUCGUCAUGGGGUUUGGGCCUAUUCCCAACAUUCUUUGUGCAGAAAUCUUUCCCACCACUGUCCGUGGCAUCUGCAUAGCCAUCUGCGCAUUAACCUUCUGGAUCGGUGACAUCAUCGUGACAUACACACUCCCCGUGAUGCUGAAUGCCAUCGGGCUCGCUGGUGUCUUCGGGAUUUACGCUGUCGUUUGCAUCCUGGCUCUUGUAUUUGUGUACAUGAAGGUGCCGGAGACAAAAGGGAUGCCCCUCGAGGUCAUCACCGAGUUCUUCUCUGUUGGAGCUAAGCAAGCCAGGGAAGCCAGGGAGGAUUGAUCGCCCAGACACGGAGAUCAGCUUCGCUGGCAGUAAUUUUGUGGUUUCCAAACUUCACCGUGGCUAGUUAAUCCUCUGAUGCUGUGUGAAAGAUACUUGACCGACCAAGAAGGGGACAGGGGAACUGUGUGCCUAAAGAUCGUUUGGCUGUGCAUCGUGAGGCUUGAUAUGCUGUCAUUGACCGGCUUUUGGAACUAGGGUGUGUAGAUCAUCAUCUGUUUUUUGUUUUUGUUUUUUGCUUGGGAGACUGUUUGUGUUCGUUGUAAUCUUUUUUGCCCUAUGUAACUACUGGUGUAUGACAGUUCUAUGCUAUGGGUUUCGUUGUCUUGUCAGCA